GCUACAGACUAUUCAGAUGUGGAGAGUCGCCUGGCGGAUGUGGCACGCUCUAACAAAGUUGAAAAUUUUAUUGUCUCUUCGGCUAUUUCCGGACAUUUUUCUCGGUCAGAAAAGGCCAACAUUCGUGUUGUACCGUCGAGUGGAGCCACCAUGGUCGGCAGAAACGUUGAUAUAUUGAGUCCGCGGACACGGGGGGAUGCCCCGUCGGGGGCCAGCAACGGGCACAUAUCCGACGAUAGCAGCAGUGACGACGAGCAUGAAGCUGGCAUGCGGGUUGGACAAGAAUUCCAAGCAUCAAUUCCCGAGUGGAACCCUGAGUCCAUGAAGGAAGACCCUCCACCCCUCAGACAUGAUGCCCUGUUGGUGUGGGCCCCAUGUAUGGACAUCUCUGAUACUAAAUUGGAUGAAUAUAUCAACAUAGCCAAGGAAAAACAUGGGUACAAUACAGAACAGGCCCUUGGCAUGCUGUUUUGGCACAAGCACAACAUUGAAAAGUCUCUGGCAGACUUGCCCAACUUUACCCCAUUCCCAGAUGAAUGGACGGUGGAAGACAAAGUGUUGUUUGAACAAGCCUUCAGCUUCCAUGGGAAAAGUUUCAUCCGUAUUCAACAGAUGCUACCAGACAAGUCUAUUGCCAGUUUAGUGAAAUAUUACUACUCCUGGAAGAAAACUCGAACAAGAACCAGUCUCAUGGACAGACAGGCGCGCAAACUGGCAAGUCAGAAGGACCAGAGCGACAGCGAUGAAGAUGGUGAAAUGGACAACGGCAGCGAUAGUGACUUUGAUCCCGAAAAGGAAGGCAAAGGGGGAAAUACUAACAAUGGGAAGGAGAGUGGUGCAUGUGCCAACUGCCAGACAACAAGCUCCCAACUCCACUCCACUCCCAAAGGCUCUGUCUGUAACUCCUGUUACCAGUACUGGAGAACUCAAGUGGGUCAGAGAACACCCAAUUACGGAAUGAGAACGGGCGUGAUGCGGGCGGGAGGGCCGAUGAAAAGUGAGAUGUCCAUGAAGACGAGUCGCCACAUGCCCCUGCGCGGGCGGAGGAAGGCGCCGCGGGGGAUGUACAUGAACCAGGAGGACCUGCUGGCCAUCUCAGCCUCACCUACGGCCGCAGAGGCACUGCUCCGACAACUGGACACAGAACUGGUCUCCUCUAAGAGACAGGUCCAACAGAACAAACAACACCUGAGCAUGUCCAGCCAGAUGAAGUUCACCACUGGGAGCAUUGAUGAGUUCCGCCCACCAGAGAACAAUCAACGAAUCAAGGCCCAGUGGACAAACCAGGAGCUCUUACUAGCUGUACAAGGUGUGCGGAAGUACGGGAAAGACUUCCAGGCCAUUGCGGAGGUGGUGGGCAAUAAGACGGUCAGCCAGUGCAAGAACUUCUUUGUGAACUACCGGAGACGCUUCAACCUUCAACAGGUGUAUGAUGAGUGGGAGGCUGAGCAGGGUGAGGACGUGGUGAGGAGACAGAAUCGGGACAACUCCAGAUCCUCCUCUCCAGCCAGCAGGGACAGCAAGGACAGCAGCAAGGAGGAUGAGGACAGCAGGGAUGAUGAUGUCCAGAUCACAGCCGUGUCCAGCCCCACUGUAACACCCCCCACCCAGGCGGCGUCUCCCGCCGCCAUGGCGCGCAGCCGCCCGGCCAUAGUCACCGCACCGCCACAGCUGGUGGGAGGACAGCCACAUUCAACUCAGUAA